AGAUUAUCCUUUAAUUGUCAGAUACUUUUAUGUAUUUGGCAUGUGCGAAGGGCAUGGUUGAAGAAUGUGUAUAGGUAUGUCAGCAAUAAGGAUAUUGCAACAAGUAUGUUCAAUAGAUUGGGUGAAAUAAUGUACACAAAGAGUGAUGAUGAAGGCAUUAUUACUCAGUUGAUAAAAAAAUUCAUGGAAGAUUUCAAAGAAGAAAAAAUUUUUAUUGAUUACUUUCAAAAAACUUGGUGUCAUGAUGAGAGGCGUAUUGGUAAGUUCACCAAAUUAUUCAUUAUGGUUUCUAUGUAUUUACAUCAUUUUAGUUGAUUUUUAUUUGACAUGAUUAUAUUUGUUUGUUUAGAUAUGUGGGCCAAAAACUUUCAAAGCUUUCCUCAUGCAAAUCAAGAAACUAAUGCUUCCAUAGAAUCGCACCACUUCCAUAUCAAGAGUCACCAUUUAAGUGAUCGUGCUAAGAAAUGUACAAGGAGAAUGGACUGGCUUAUCUAUGUACUUCUUUAUAGGGUAGAGCCCUUAUAUAAAAAUAAAAGAUAUUUGCAGCUAUCUAGGUUUCUAACAAACUUAAAAAAGGAACGAUAUUACAUAACUGCAUUAGAAAGAUAAAAAAAAUACCAGAUGCGGAUUGUCAUUCAUAUGAUCUUCUCCAUAACACAUAUAAGAUGAGAAGCCAAACAGUUCCAACCAAAUGGUAUUUUGUAAGAAAAUUUGGACUUGAUUUUUAUGUGUGUGAUUGUGAGUGGGCGAAAAGAGGAAACACAUGCAAACAUGUGUUGAAGAUUUUAGAUCUUCUAAAGAGAAACAAAACAAAUGAGCAAGAUCAAGGUAUUGGUAAGGUCCAUUUGAGAUAUAAGUUUAAUAUUCAUAUUUUUAAUGGUUAUUAUAUUUUUCUCAAAACUAACUAGAUUAAUCUUAUUAAGUUACAAAAGGUGUUACUCUAUUGGUUGAUGAUGACCACAAUGUUAGAGGGAGUCUUAUUCAUGAAAAUAUCACUACAGAUAGUUGUGUUCAAUUAGAAGAUCAAGAUGUGUCUGGAGUUGUCAUUGUUGAAGACCAAAGAACGGAGAACAUGCCUAUCAAACGAAUGCCACCAUGGUUUAGUCCAAGUAAAAUGCACAAACGUCUUUCUAUUCAUCAAAGACGUAAUGUCAUUUCUCAAGACUUGAACAAAAGAGUGGAGUGUGAAAAUUUCCAAUUCCCCUCUAUAGGAUGUAGAAAGAAGAAGAAAAAGAAGGUCACUAAUCGCUCAGGCAUAGCGAUACAAGAAGAAAGUCUUAUUAUCAUGCAACAACAAAAUAAAAUUUGUGGAGAUCAACCAUCAAUGGCCAAUGUUAUCCCCACUCAAACAUUUCGACAAGCCAUUCCAGUUUUAAAUGAUCAACAAAUACAUGAAGAACAUAUGUUGCCCUUUCCUACAGAUCUUAACCAAACAACAACAAUGGAUGCAAUGCAAACUAGAGAUGGUAUUGAUGAUACUAUAAUGGAGGAUCGUGGUCAAUAUUUUCCUGGAUAACCAUUAUGGUGUAUGAUACUUUAUUAUAAUGGAUUAUUUAUUGAGUGUGUACCUCUAUUUAGAAAUUGGAUCUUGGAUGAAGUGGCUUGUUUUUUCAAGAUAGAGACAUUAUUUGCAUACUAUAUUUUUGAGUUGGACUACUAUUAUGUA